AAUUUACUUUUCUUCAUUUACUCCAAUUGAAUUGAUUUAAUUUUCUUCUAUAUUCUCAUUCACCUGACGGUUUCAUCUUCUGUCUUCAUCAACCUCUCUCUCUCUCUCUCCUUUACAUCAUUUUACUUUAAUUGUUUUGGAUGGUUAAUCAUUAAAUGAUCGAUUCUCAGAUGAUUGUUAUUCCAUCAACUGUUGUGUAUCUUUUUAAUUGUUACCAUUUAGUUAAUUUCCAAUGGCCUUUUCUUUAAGUUCACCUAAUCAUCACUCUAACCAACAACCGAUCUCAUUGGUUAAAAAUUCACCAAGAAAACGGUUACCAUCAUCAUCGCCUCUUUUGGCUUCCAUUAAUGACGCUUUUCAGGCUAAAUGUGCUAAAGAAUUAAACAAAUUACGUUCCAAUUGUCGAAAGACUUUACAACAAGAUUUAACAAGGUUAUUGGAUAAAGAGACUCUUGCUGAUACUUUCAUCGAAGGCGAUACCUUUAGGAAAUCUUGUCAUAGCUGCUUAUUGGCUUCUCGAGUUCCACUUUUCUAUUCACAUUUGGUUAAUUAUUUUGAUUACACUGUUACCAAACAUUCACGUAAAGGAUUCAAUUCCUAUCGACUUCCGUCAACAAUUGACUGUAAAGAGAUUACUGACUUUCUAUCUAAAGUUUAUUGCCAUGAAGAUAUUAGUCUAGAGGAGACAUUGAUUAUUGAUAAAUUACGAGAUCAUAUUACUAUUAAUAUGACAUCAGAAUCUGGUAUUGAUAAAAAGUCAAUCUCAUCAUCCGGUGGAGAUGAACUCAAUCCAAUUGGUAUCAACAAUAAUGACCUAGUUCGAGAUGAUAGUCUCGAUGAUAUUAAAGAAUCUGGUAAAGGGGAUAUCGACAAGGAUAGUCUUAAACCCUCGGAUAGUUUGGAGCUUGUUACUGAUUCCUUGAAUAAUAUUAGCCUUUCAUCGGAGGAUAAUAACAAAAAUGACCAUCAGAGUACCGAUUACGAGGAUAGUUUGGCCACUAGAACCAAGGAACGUGAAGAUGGAGGAUUAACUUCAAGUGGUUCGAGUCAAAUGGUUAGAAGUGGGACUUUUGAUCGACUCUCAUCAAUUCCCCUUGAAGAUUCAUCGCGAAAAGAUAUUCCUGAGGAGAAAUUAGUUUACAACAAUGAUGCCGAUCAAAUGUUUAAAUUGAUUGAAGAGAAACCGAUGUUGGUUAACAAUUUACGACAUAAAAUUGAUUCAUUCGAGUUAAAUUUAAAUUGCAUUCCUAAAGAUUGUUCAUCAACCAAAGAUUCCCUCGAAAAUGAGGAAGCGAUUGUAAAUGAUGUUGAUGUUAUCACCCCAUUGGCCGAAGCAGCGGAAAGUUUGACCACUCGAUCUCAGAGUAGUUCAUUGUUCCAAUUUUUCGUCGAUAUGGAUUCAAUGUCUGCUAGUUUACCGAAUUGUCAACCAAGUACCAAAGAAGAAAAGACAAAUAAUAUGACCUCUUCGGGCUUUAUGUUCAUCGAUUUAAACUCUGUUGGUACUGAUGGUGGUUCAGAACAAAAAUCUCGAACAAUUGAACGGGACAAAAACAAAACUAAAGUUAAUUCAAAAAAAGAUGAAGGUGAAAGGAGUAGUAAAAAUGAUUCCAUACUCUCGAUGAAAUUAUCAACCUCCAGGUCAACUCGAUGUAGGUCAAGUCAAAGCGAUGAUAAUAAUAAUAAUCAACAAUCGCUCGAAAAGAGUAAUCAACAAAUUGGUAGUCACCUGAUCUCAGGAAAAUCAAUGAAUUACCAUCGACAAGCGAGUUGCUCAUCUGGUUUAAGAGGUGGACCAUCGACGACUGAUCGUAACUUUUUACAAAUCAAAAAUCGAAACAAAAAUUUUAAUCGACAAUCAUCAUCACCGAUGAGCUCAAUGGACAGUGGAAUGUUAUCUUCCCUCAAUUCAGAAAAUCCCCAUGGAGAUGAAGAAGAUUGGUUAUUAAGUAUUAAAACGAAUCGAACUCGAACCAAUAAACCAUCAAGUUCUCUUUGGAUAUCGACCGGUGAAGGUCAACCGGAAAGUGAACAAUAUGAUGAUACAAGUUGCAAUAAACUGAAUUCCAUAGGAUCUAAACAAAAACAUCAACUAAUAACAUCGGCAAAUAGUUCAACGUUUAGUGAUAACAACAACAAUGAGAAUUCAAGUGUUGACAACAACGAUAAUAACGAAAUGUAUAAGCGUACAAUUAACGCGUGCUCCAAAUUGGGUGAAGAUUUGCUUCAAAUGUACAUGAACAAUAUUAACUCUGACAUUACCAUUAAAGUGGACAAUUCAAGCAGUAUUAAGGCUCAUAAAUGUAUCCUGAUCGCUCGAAGUCCAUACUUUGCGGCCAUGUUUUCCGGUGAAUGGCGCGACUCAAAGACAUCAACUAUUACCCUUCAAGGAUUUAGUUAUACCUCCGUUCACUUUGCUUUAUGUCACAUUUACAGUGGUGCCUUAAACAUUCCCGACGAUGAUAAUCUAAACCUCGCAGAGUUGGCCUUACUUUCCAACCUAUUGGCUCUUGAUACACUUCGAGAUGUUGUCAUCUAUGAAUUGGAAAAAACUUAUUGCCACUUUUUCCAUAAACCAUGUAACGAUUGUAUCGUAGGCAUAGUCGAUUGUCUAAUCGUUUCCUCCGAGUGUGGAUUCUCAACCCUCCAUCAAAAGUGUCUCACCUGGUCAGGUAAACAUUUUGGUCGCCUCUGGCCAACUCGUUCCUUUGCUUGUCUACCCAGUUCCAUAUUAAACUCGUGCUUCCAAAGUACGAUACACUCAAUGACACCUAAAUCGAUCAUCGAUGUAAUUUUAAAUGUUGACCGAUUAGCGAAAACAACACCAAAGGUCAAAUGGGCUGAACCAAUUUUCUCACUUAUCGGCCGUUUAAUUGAACAAUGUGUUAACUUUGUGGCCGGAAGUUACGAUCUAAUCGUGGCCAGUGAUUCUUUCAUCUCCUUGGGACGAGGUAACUCCUGGAAUAUUUCCGCUCUUGAGGAAACUUUUCUCGCCGCCAUGAACAACCUUACACCGGACACGGCCUGUAAAACGCUGGUCAAGUUAAAUAACAUCAUCUCAAUCGCAGAGAACGAGAAAGCCUUUGGUUAUGGUCCGUACGCUGAGCCCUAUGUUUCCCUUGUUCGUAAAAUGUAUCGGCACUGUGAACGUUCAUUGGUACAGAAUGUUAACCAGGCAGUUAUCGCUCCCAAUUGGUCACUUUUACCACUCGAAGUGCAACAGAAAAUCAAAGACUCGGCAAUAAUUGUCUUCGAAUUUGAUAAGCCACUUGCACCACGACCACAACUUUCCAGUUCUCAGCUUCAAUCGUUGCGAGCCAAAAAACGUUCAUCAAUGAUCACUGAACAAUCAUCGACUUCAUCGGUGACCAAAUCAUCAACAUCCUCCGCUAAUUAUAAGACUGGUGGUACUCAUAGAUCACGAUUACGAAGUGGUGGUGAAUCGCGCAGUCAAGCUUCAUUAAAACGCUCAUCAAGUGAUCACAUUUACGAUGAAGUUACACUCGAAUCGGGUGAUCUUAUCGAUGGAGCUGCUUCCCUACCAGUCACAACAAUUAAGAAUGACCAUCGUUCCCGUCAUGAUAAUCACCGUAAUCGCUCAUCAUCUGGUCGACAUUCACGAGAUGGUUUGAGCUCAUCAACUUCAAAUGAUAAUAAUAAUGAUUUAGUUGAUUCAUUAAAUUCAUCAAUAAACGAUGAACGUUAUUUAGAAACAGAAAAUCCUCGGAAAAUGAUUAACAAACAAUCAAACGUUAAUCGUCACACUAAAAGUCCACAAUCAACACCAUCUCGUCAAUCUAAUCAUCGUCCAUCCUCAUCUCGACCACGAACUUCAUCAUCUUCAUCAGUAUCACGAUCUCUGGCCUCGAGACCACCAUUUAAAUAAUAUUUUAAAUGUUCAACAAUUAAGACAAACAACUUUGAACAAAAACCUUAAAUUGCUACAAAUUAAUCAACAUUCACAUGAAACCAAGAAUCUCAGUUACAAUUAACAAUUAGGUAUUUAGUUUAUACCUAUUGAGAAAUUGAUGCUUUUCAAUUUUGUCAAAACAAAAUGCAAUUAACUUAAUCAUAAUUGACUUAACAAGUAAUUUAAUUAACCACGAGUUUACAACCAAUUAAGAAGCGUUCACCAAAAUAAAUCAAGUGCAAAUCAACCAAUGGACAUGAAAUCUAAUUGAAAAUCUUAAAGCAAUUAAAUGGCAGAUAAUCGGGAAAAAUGCAAUUAAGAAACUAAAUUUGAUGAUGAGCCAAUCAAAGGAAAAUUGUAUCAACAAUUAACAAAAAUAAAAAAGAAUCAAUAAUCAAGCCAUAUAAAUGGAAACGCAAUUGGAUUAAACAAUUAGAUCUCAAGGAAAAAUUAAUCAACUAUAAUAAUUUAUAUUCCCAAAUAUGCUAUUUAAUUAAUCAACAAUUUACUAAUUUAAAUACUUUCUCUCUUUUUCUCAAUUACAUUCUAGUCAAUCAACAAUUUAAGAAAAAUCAAAAUAUUUAAUUGCUAAUCUCAAAGUAGCAAUAAUCAAUUCCAUUCAUCUAAAUCUAUUUAAUUACUACUUAUUAAAUCCAAUAAUCUGCCCUUAAUAAUAAUCGUAAUUGAAACAAUUUUCCCGAAAAAAAUGUGAUUAUAAUCACAAUUAAAUUAUAAUCUAAUUGUAACUCGAAAAAACUAAAUUGAAAAAGGAAAACAUCAAAUAAACGAAUAUAAUUUAUUCUGUAAACAAUUACAGUUAAACUCUAGCCAAUUAAUUAAAAAGCUAAUCAACUAUUAGAAUCUCUUGGUAACAAUUAACUUUUCACAAAACAACAAUUAAAACCUAAAGAAACAGAUUGUAGCUCAUAGACGAACCCUAGAAGGUUACUCGUGAUUAGUUUGAUUUUCAGCGUUUUAAUUGUUGAUUUUCUUUGUUGAUUGAAGUGUUUCACAGUUACAGUUAAUUGUUAAUCGUAAUUAUGGACUCGAUUACUGAGGAAGUUCGUGCCAAAGCUAAUCAAUUGUUGGAAAGAAAAGGAGCUCGUGAUGAACUUCGGAAGCUUCUUCAUAAUCGGUUAAUCGAAACACAAUUUAGCGAGAAAAUCGUUGAGAUGUGUAAACAAUUCAUCAAAGGCAAAGACGUGGAGACAAUUACAAUCGACGAUUUGGUCAACGCCGUAGUACCAGAAGCUCGUAAAUUAGUACCUGAUUCAGUUCGCGAGGAAUUGCUUGAUGCCACGAAGAAAGUGAUCACCGACGACGAAGCGAUCACGGAACAACUCAACGGAACCUCCGAUUAAUUUGAUCUCUUUUUUAUCUACCAAUUGGACUUAAUUACGACGGAAAUUUAGUUGGAACCAACCUAAUCACUGCCUUUGUAAUGAGAAGAUUUUGAAAUCGAAAUUUGGUCCAAAUUUUAUCGAUUAUUGAACUUGAGGCCGAUGGAAACUAUUGAAUCAAUGGCUUACUUUCUAUGGAAAAUUUUGACAACAAUCAUUUAGAUUAAUCAGAAAAUUAAUUUACUAAUUAACUCGAGAACAAUUAAUUGAGUUCGAUGAUUGAAACUGUCGAAUCGUUAAUCAAGGUUAAAGUGUCACAAUCCAAUUAACUGAUUCUCAUUCUCAAUUAGUUUAAUUAUUGGAAAAAUAAUCAAUGUUAUUAAAUCAAAUUUUCCAAAGACUAAUAAUCCUUAAUUGUUACCCUGAUAAAUCAACAAAUGGCUCAGAUAAUUAACUUGAUUCCUUAAUUAAUUUGCAACUAGUUGACUAGUGACAUUUGAUUGAUUAUUUGAUUUAAUUGCUAUUGAAUUGAUAUUAUCAUAAUUUACUCUUGUUUGUUAUGAUUUACUUUCAACAAUCAAAUGGGAUUUGAAUAAUUUACAAAUUAAUUGAAUUUCGUGUUGAUUUAAUUCUUGAUGGGGGUUAAUUGUUAACAUGAUAAUCUGUUAACUGUUGGAAAAUAACUAAUGGCAAUUAGUUAAUAAACUUGUUUACCAAGAA